AUUACAACUUUUCUCUAUACCGACGGCGAGAAAUGGAAGCUCCAGAGGCAGGUGGUCAGUCACGAAUUCAACACCAAGUCCCUCAGGAAAUUCAUCGAGCAGGUCGUGGAAUCCAAACUCUCCGACCGUCUCAUCCCGGUUCUCUCCGCCGCCGCCGCCAACAACACCGUCCUCGACCUCCAGGACAUUCUCCAGCGAUUCACCUUCGACAAUGUCUGUAGGAUUGCCUUCGGAUACGACCCGGCUUACCUCUCCCCUUCUCUCCCAAACGAGAAAUUCGCACAAGCCUUCGAAGACGCUGUUCGAAUCAGCAGCCAGAGAUUUCAAUCAUUCCAUCCCCUGGUCUGGAAAAUCAAGAGAUAUCUCAACGUCGGUUCAGAGAAGGACCUCCGGAUUGCAGUCAAACAGGUACGAGAUUUCGCGAACAAAAUGGUGAAAGAAAAGAAAGAAGAAUCGAAAGAGAAUGCGUCGCUCAGCUCCGUAGAUCUCCUGUCUAGAUUCUUAAAUUCUGGGCAUUCGGAGGAAAACUUUGUAACGGACAUAGUCAUCAGCUUCAUCAUAGCUGGUCGAGACACGACGUCAGCUGCUCUGGUUUGGUUCUUCUGGCUCGUCUCCAGACAUGAACGUGUUGAAACCCAGAUUCUAAGUGAGAUUACAGACAAAUCUGAAUCGAAAAUGUACGAUGAAGUUAAAGAAAUGGUCUACACACACGCUGCUCUUAGCGAAAGCAUGAGGUUGUACCCGCCGGUGCCCGUAGACGGGAGGCAGGCGGUGGAUGAUGAUAUUCUGCCAGAUAGGACCGUCGUGAAAAGAGGGACGCGGGUGUAUUACCACCCAUUCGCGAUGGGAAGAUCGGAGGAGAUUUGGGGGAAUGAUUGGGCGGAGUUCCGUCCUGAACGGUGGCUCAAGGAAGAUCGGGUCACCGGGGGAAGACAAUUCGUGACAAAGGAUGUUUACGAGUACCCUGUGUUUCAAGCAGUCCCCAGGAUUUGUCUUGGAAAGGAGAUGGCCGUUCUACAAAUGAAGUCCAUUGCCUCCGGGGUAUUACGCCGGUUUAAGGUGGUUCCGGUGAUUGAGAACAACAAGGACCCGGUUUUUACAACUUAUUUGACUUCCAAGAUGAAAGGUGGCCUUCCUGUGAGGAUUGAAGAACGCAAGGUUUAGAGUAAGUAAUAAAGGAGUGUAAAGAUAAGUUUAUAAACUAUUUUCUAAAUUUAUCAUAUGUUUUAAGUUUAAAAAAAUAU